GCUUCCGAAGCGGCGGCGUGGGGCUGGAAGGAGUGUGCGCGCUGAUUGGCUCGUGGGCUGGAGGGGGCGUGCCUCGGCCGCGGGGCAGGGCGGUUGGGCGGGGCCGCAGCAAAGUGGGGGCGUGGGCAGCGGGCUAUAGCGUGCGGCUAUUGGGCGGCGGGCCCGGGGGCGUGGCCAGGCAGGUGCCGUGGCAGACACGGCCGCUCGCCCCCAACUUCUCAGGCGCCCUGGAGGGGCCGCGCUGGGCUCGAGGCCCCCGCACGGAUCGGAGCGGUGUCUUUGUGAACCUAUGAAAUGGCCGUGAUGGAAAUUGCAUGCCAAGGAGCUCCUGACCCCACCAUCGGGCACCAGAAGGAGCUUUCUGCUAAUAAAGGGCUGAGUGAAACAGUGAGUGAGAAGCAGAGCAGUGUUUGCAAAGUAGAAGAUUCAGAGAAAGUUGCAUUCCACAGUCAAUGGAAGAUCCUGAAAGAUGUGAUCACCAAAGGAACAGCAAAAGAAGAGACAGAAGGAGGUUCUGCAUCCAUUUCUAUCAUCGCCCAGGCUGAAUGUGAGAACAGCCAGGAGUUCAGCCCCACCUUUUCAGAAAGGCCUUUCAUAGCUGAUAGUAAACGUUACAGCCGGUCAGACAGUCUUGAUCAAAUCCCCAAUAAUGUGGCCCAUGCUACGGAAGGGAAAAUGGCACCAGCCUUCUGGAGGUCAAGGCAUCAUGGUAAAGGCAGGAAGAAACGUCGCAAGAAAAGAUCCAGGGUCAGAAUACAAACACUGGCCUCUAAGCAAGGACCCAGAACUCCAGAACAGGAAAGUUGUACACCGAUCCCAGUCCAGGAGGAUGAAACUCACCAAAACACUCUCUUCAGUAACAGCUCCUGUUUUUCAGAACCUUGCAAGGACUCAAUUUGUGAUCAGAUACCAUUUGAGAAACCUAGAAAAGUUCUGCUUGCAGGCAAACUCCAUUCACUAAGGAACCUGCACAGACCAGAACUGCACAAGUUGAUAAGCCCAGUACAGUGCCUGAACCAUGUUUGGAAGCUACACUGUCAGGGUGACUUUGUGCCUCAGCCAGAGACCCUCCAUCCCUUCCCUUACAACAGAUUGCCCUCUUGCUUCCCCGUUCUGGACAGUCCUCUUUGUGCCAUGAAACACAAUCCUCUGGAGACUUAUUUCCUUGAUGAUCGGGCCUGUGCGAAUGGUGAGCGUCACUUGUCUGGCCUAAGCUUAGAACACAGCUUCCCAAAAUGUGUCAGCCAGUCCAUGGAAACCAACUUGGACAAACUUUCUGUGGAAGAAUAUUUGGUGGAUGCUCUUAAGGGGAGUGUGAGUCUCGGUGAGCCGCAGAACUUAGCCAGCCUGGCCAAGACGUGGAGAGGAGGUGGUCUGGAUUUGAAGGAGCCGUUUCGAGAGACAGAUGACAAUGAGGGGGUGCUGCUUACUGAGAAACUAAAGCCAGUGGACUAUGAAUACCGAGAAGAGGUUCACUGGACCAAGUGCCAUGACUCUCUGGGCGUUGGCUCUUUUGGGGAAGUGUACAAAAUAGAGGACAAACAGACUGGAUUUCAGUGUGCUGCCAAAAAGGUGCAAGUCGAACACUUUCGUGCAGAGGAGUUGACGACAUGUGCUGGAGUGACAAGUCCCAAAGUUGUCCCUUUGUAUGGAGCCGUGAAGGAAGGUCCUUGGGUUACCAUCUUCAUGGAGCUAAUGGAGGGUGGCUCACUAGGCCAGCUGAUUAAACAAAGUGGCUACUUGCCAGAGGAUAGAGCCCUCAGUUACCUGGGUCAAGCAUUAGAGGGUCUGGAGUAUCUUCAUGCUCACCACAUUCUGCAUGGAGAUGUCAAAGCGGACAAUGUGCUCUUAUCCAGUGAUGGAAGCCGGGCUCUCCUCUGUGACUUUGGCCACUCUGCUCGCCUUCAUCCCGAUGGCUUGGGGAAGUGCUUGGUGACAGGGUGCUACAUGCCUGGCACAGAGACACACAUGGCUCCAGAGGUAGUAAUGGGAAAACGCUGCGACUCAAAGGUGGAUGUCUGGAGCAGCUGCUGCAUGAUGCUGCACAUGCUCAAUGGGUGUCAUCCUUGGACCCGAUAUUACAACCACCCUCUUUGCUUAAAGAUAGUCAAAGAGCCACCUCCUUUGAGGGAAAUCCCACCUUCCUGUAACCGUUCCACUGUCGAGAUCAUUAAAGCAGGGCUAGAGAAGGAGCCACUUAAAAGAGCCUCUGCAGCUGAGUUGAAGACUAAGGCUGACAUAGCUCUGCAGGAGGUGGGCGAUGUGAAGAACCCCUGGAGAGAAUACAGAGAACCUAGACACUUAUCUUUGGAAGAAAAAAACAAUCUGCACACCUCUCUGUCCCCAACAGUCAGCCUGAUUUCUGAGACUUUGGCUAGCCCUGGGUCCGCAUUCAAAGCUCCUUGCCUAUCCCAAAGCCUGCAGCCACCAUCUCUGGAGCUGACCGAGAAGACUGAGGUAACCCCUUGGAACCUGUGCAAGGAGUUACCUAGGAUCUGUGAUUCACUCUCCCUCUCCUCCCUGGCUCCUGUCCCCACCAAGAGCAGCAACUCCUCUGAACGGGCAACAACUAUCUCAGAACAAGAGCUUCAGCAGCUGGAAAUAGAGUUAUUUUUGAACAGUCUGUCGCAGCCGUACUCUCUGGAGGAGCAGGAGCAAAUGCUCUCGUGUCUCAGCAUUGACAGCCCGCUCGUGUCUGAUGCCAGCGAGAAGAACUCUCUGAAGGCCUCUCAGAGCCUGAGGGACACCAUGAGCUCUGGGGUUCACUCCUGGAACAGCCAGACCGAUGGACAGAGCUUCAGCUGGAACAACCUGCUGUAUCGCAGUCGGCACACAGACACCCCCAGCUAUUUCAAUGGAGUGAAAAUCCAGAUCCAGUUGCUAAGUGGAGAAAAUCUUCAUAUCCGAGAGUUCCACAGGACCAGGGUGGGAGACAUUGCUACUGGGAUAAGCCGCCAGAUACCGGCCUCUGCUUUCAGCCUUGUUACAAAGGAAGGUCAGCCUGUUCGCUAUGACAUGGAGGUUCCUGACUCUGGUAUAGAACUGCAGUGCACCCUUGCUCCUGACUGCAGUUUCGGUUGGACCUGGAGAGUCAAGCAUGGUCAGCUGGAGAAUAGACCAUAAGGCUCUUGGUCUUGGAGAUCACUUCCUUAUGUUGAAGCAUGGAAUUACAGAAGCCCACAACCAGCUUUGCUUGAUAAGCAUCCAAUGCAGCUAUUGAUGUUUCCUACUGAACUAGGAUUCAGGGUUCAGCUAUUCCCUGCUUUAGUGCAUCAACUCCUUGCUGCUUGGUCUGGAUUCAGUCUCUGAAAGGCACUCUCUUGCGUGAGGGCUGUGAACAUGCUGAGAUUGAAUGCAGCAGAGAGGAACAGGAUUGUACUGCUGCACAUCGGCACUUUCCAGAAGAAUGCUGGGGAGUGGGCUGGACACGCCGAUUGCUCAAAAUUCCGACAUGAAAUCAGUAGAAUUCGAACUCUAGAGGAAGGAAGAUGGGGAUCUUGAGUAUAGUAGGAAGGUGGGUGAGGAGGUGGCCAACUCCUUUCUUGGUUGAGGAAAAAUUCUGUUUCUGUAGGUUUUGAAUAGCAUCAGUGUGUUUAAGAUUAGAGCAGUGAGGAAAAUGGAAGCCGUAACUGGCUGGGUUUAAGGGUUAUAAUCAAAUCAUUGUAUUCCUUGUGUCCCUUCCCAGCAGCACUCUGUUUUUUGAGGUUGCAGCUUCUGAUCAGAAAAGGAUUAGGGCCACUCUCCAGAAGGACUUUCCUUUCACCUCCGAUUUCAACAACCCCUCUUUUUAGUUCUGGUCCACAGAGAUCUUGCAUUAUCCCACUUUCAUUAUUGUAAACAAUAUAUAUAUAUCAAAGAAGGGAAUACAUGGUCAGGAGGCUUGAGAGUUGAACUCCUGGGUUCUGUUCCCAGCUUUGCCAUUGAUGAUGUGCUAUGCCUUGACUAACCUUUUUUGAGAGUUUGUCCAUAUGAUGGAUAGAAUACAGGUGGGAGGAAUGGCAACUAGAUUUAACCCCUAUGGACCAUGUCAAGGUCAAUUAACUAUGCAAGUCCUCUGUUAGAGCCAUGGCUAAGAGUACUGUAAGGAAGCAAGUAUCAUUAUCCCCAUUUUACAGAUCAGAAAUCUGAGGCAAGAUCCAAGUGACUUGGCCAAAACCACACUCUGAAUGCAUGGCAGAGCUGGGACUAGAAUCCAUGGUUCCUGACUAGCCAGUGCUUUGUCCACAGACCAUGUUGCAAAUUGUAGUGAAACUUGCAAGUAAUGCUGGGCUAAAGAACAGUUUCCUCCACCUUUAUUAGAAGAUGCAAGCACAUUAAGCCUCUAAUGUUCAAUGGUCCCUUGCAUGGUUAAUGGUUCCAGCUGUAUUAUAUGAUCAAAACUCUUGAAAACGUGAAUUCCAAGAUAAGAGUGGAACUUUACAAGCAAAGAGGUUAUUCUUGAGCAGCAGUGUAGUGAUAUUUCUAUACUUGUUUGAUCCCAAAAUACUUCAACUAUACAGAGUAUACAUCUAUUGUAGCUGAAAUGCAGCCACCUCUAGCAUCUAGCAGUAACCGGCUAGAAAAUAAUACCUGGCAUUCCCACAAAGAGGGGAGAUUAGAGUUCCAUUACACUUCUUCUCUUAAGAAAAGUGUCAUGGGAAUUCAACUUUUUAAAUUUUGAUGGAGAGCUUCAUGACUUCUGUUUUCAGAAGCCAUAAAGUACAUGGAACUGUUCUGCUACCUUGGAGUGAGAGGCUGAAUUAGCAUUGCUGGGGUUGGAACCUCUUUCCACAGAGCUGAGGAAUUCCAAACCCUAAUGCUUUGUCAACUGCAGCAAAUUCAUUGGCAGUGGGGAUUUUGGUUCCUGUCUCUGCUCCUGGGGGGACAGGAUUUUCUUUGCCCUCUGUCAAGAAAACCGCAGCAUUAUAAUCAACAGCUGAUGGUGUGUCGCUGUGACAUAACUACUGGAUGUCCCUGGUAUACGUCUUCCCCCUUAGCCAUUGUUUCACAUAUCCGUCGCUCAUCAAUAGGGAAACGUGUUCCGAUUCACGUCGGUCCUGAUCUGAAUAUCCGACAUUUGGAACUUACAGUACUGCAACCAAUGGAUAUGUGGAUUGGGACUGAUGUAAAGGAAACAUAUUCCCCUAUUGAUGUGUGCUGGAUAUGGGACAGAUAUGAGUAGCCAUGGGUAGGCCACCACCCACCCAUUUAACAUCCAGGCCCAUCCUGCCAGUCCCAGCUCUGCUUCCGCCCCAGCACUUGCGCCAAGCCCCCAACCUAGGUGGGUGUGCACAUUUUUCCAGGAGCCCCUGGCCAGAGCAUCUGUUGUGCUCUGCCUCCCUUCUCCCUCCCCCCCAGGCUGGUUGGAGAAGGGAGAGAAGUGGACAGAUCACUCCUACCCCUCUGUCCCCCGUCUUGCCCUCCCACCAAGUGUCCCCUCCUGCCUAUGCCAGUGCUGUAUCAAUAGGUCCCCAGUAUCCGUCAUCUUGGGAUCCGCUGCCCUUUUCAAGAACGCAACCCAACAAAACCAGGGACCCGCUGUAUUGCCUGUCACCCCAAAGGUUGCUCAUGCCUAAGUCUCCAUUUUUGUUACGGAAGUCACUGAUUCCGUGACCUCCAUGACUUCUGCAUGGCUGGUGCACCUGGCCCAGGAGCUGCCUGAGCAGCUUGGGUAGCCCCUGGGCCAGGCACACCGGCUGCUGCUGGGGUAAUCUCAGGCCCCCAUCCCUCAGCAGCAGGAGUUUGGGGGAGGGGCUCUCCAGAAGGGCGACAGCAACUCCUCUCCCUCAUCUCCACAUGCUGCCUCCACCCGCAGGCCAAUGGGAGCUGCAGAACCGAGGCCUUGGGGCGGAGUGGGGUCAGCAUGUGGAGCCAAGAGUUGGGGUCACCACUUCCCAGGAGCUGGGUAGGGAGCCUGCCCCAGCCUCCCUUCCUCCACAGUGCCAUCCUGAGCCAUGCUUCCCUCCACCCGCUCCCAUUUUAGUCAGGGGUAUAUAGUAAAAAUCAUGGACACAUUAUAGGUUGUGAAUUUUUGUUUACUGCCCAUGACUUGCCCAUGAGUUUGGAUAAAAAUAUCCAUGACUCAAACAUAGCCUUACUCAUGCCCUCUGUUCUGUCACUUAUUCCUGGUCUACACUGGGGAGGGAUCGAUCUAAGUUACGCAACUUCAGCUAUGUGAAUAGCGUAGCUGAAGUCUGUGUACUUAGAUCUACUUACCACAGUGUUUUCGCUGCAGUAAGUCGACGGCUGACGCUCUCCUGUCGACUCUACCCGCGUCUCUUGCUCUGGUGGAGUAUGGGAGUUGACGGGAGAGCACUCGGCGGUUGAUUUAUUGUAUCUAGACUAGACAUGAUAAAUCAACCCCUGCUGGAUCAAUCACUGCCCAUCGAUCCAGCAGGUAAUGUAGACAAGUCCUUAGAGUCUCAUUCUGGUAUCUGAGGGGACACUACAUAAUUUUGCCAGUUUCUCCUUAGUAACUUCCACCUUUUUAACCUUUUGGUGUCAAACUCUGCUAAACACUAGAGUAAAAUGCAGCAGCCCUCAGUGCUAGAACUAGUGAGCUCUACAUUUUACUUAUAGCAUUAAUGCUGCCCUUUUUAUGCUGGGAACUUAUCUGACUGAUGAGUAAAAGUGUAAACAUUUGUGAAUCCAGGUAGGCAGGAUGUGUAUAUCCUCCUGUGCUUUGGCACACCAGCAUUAGCCAGUAUCUCUACCCCAUGUAUCUCGUCCACCUUAAAUCUGAUGCUGUCCUCUUCAUUGUAGCUUCAUACACUGUGAUCCAGCUUCCAUGUGACAGAUGCCCAUUGUCAGCUGAGCAGGCCCUUGUGUCCACUAUCUCCAGCUGACAGGGACAAGGCUGACUUUCAUUACUGGUACCACAAGCCAAUUGCUUUUCCUUACUAUCCUUGAAGUGUAGAUCUGUUCUGUAAACUGACUUCAUAAGGUGCCUCAGGGCACCAUGUUGUCUCAACAAUUCCAGAUCAAAUUUACCUUGCAAGUAAGAGAUGGCUUUCCAGCUCAGUUGCCACCGGCCCUGACUCUUGUUGCCAAUGACAAUCUGCUGGUGCAACUUGGUAAAAUGUUCGGUUGCUGCUUGAGCCAGGUGAGAUUCCAGGUCCCUCCCUUGCAGCUGGAUGGCUCUGCAGUGCUAAUAGGAGUACAACGUGGGGAACAGCUCGUCGCUGGAAUCGGCAGAUCUGGCUGAACAUGCCCGAGUACGAAGGUGCUGCUUGCUAUUACCUGCGCGCUGGCCAGUGGGGAACCCCAGUUUAGGGAAAUGGAGGAAGGAAAAGCAAGAGUGGUGGCACGCACCACUCCCUCCUAGAAGGGUCUGGGCAAAACUAUGCCACUGAAAACAAAACAACAAGCAGCUGUUAAGGUGCGAUGGGUGCUACUUCUAGGGGUGGAAGCUGCCCUGUUUUCCAUAGGGUUGAAUGAUUUGUACACGGAUGACACUUUACAAAACUGAGACUUUCUAAAAAAAAAUAUAAAUUUAGAUGCAGGUUGACCUGUCCAUUGAAAGAAUAAAGCUUUGUUCUAGUGGC